UUCACCUGAUGUGCGCCUGGCAGGAUGUGAACGCGUUCGGAUUCUUUCUCGUGUACUUAUAUUGUAAGUGAACCUUGCCGGUGACUUUACACCUGAGGUGACGCAACCAGUAUAUGUAGCCAGCACGUGCAUACGCACAGUAGAGUUGUGCUGUGUACACAGUUCUUCGGGUAUGAAGCACUGCGACACCAGACAUUAAAAUUUUAAUAUGUAUUAAAAUCUUACGUUAAGAUCCUGCGUUUUUAAACUAGUAAUUGGUGAAUCCUUCGUGAUGUUCCAGUGUCAAUGAAUUAAGAAUAUCACAGCAGACGUCUGGUAUGAAUAACACGUAUGUGGUGUCAUCAUGAAAACUUAACAUCACAAUCUACAUGGAGCAAUAUCUCGCUAACGAGGUGUCAAGUAUAAAGCAUCACGCUUCGCACUCAUUGAGGAAUUAAUCCCUUGGUCAUCGUUACCGGAGCAUUAAACUCUCAAUCUUCGCCCCGCUAUGAAGUCUCGAGUUGGGUACCUACAUAUUUCCAAUCCUUUUGUCCCUGUGUGCGUGGCUGUGAGGGGCGACAAGCCGCUCUGAGGACCAGGUACACACCUGUACGAGUGAAGCAACACCUGCGCAUACAUCAACAUCAUCAUCAUCAGUAACAGCACCAAAGAGCAUACAUCAACAUCGUCAUCAUCAGUAACAGUACCAAAAGACUAUCAUCAUCAACAGUGACAGUGAUAAAAGCCGUAGUGGUAGCUGGGACCCUGUCUCCUUGUGGUUCCCAGCAGUGACAACAGAGAAUGCUUGCAGAUGUCAACCGGUCACUGAAGCAGGUGUCACGAGCAUGUCAUUAUAAGUCUUUUGAACAGCGUUGCCAGACUUGCAUUGUCUCUGCAGACGUUCACGUUCGACACACGCCAGGGGUUCUGUAAGCCUUGCAAAUAACACAGCGCGCCAUGAGUGUCACGCUGGCGUGGGUUGUCCUGACGUGGGCAUGCUCCUGGGGUUACAUGGGUGCGGACGCGAUGGAGACUGGGCAGUUUUAUUCCUCUCUUGCUCAAAUGGAAUCCUUGUUUGAUUUUGACGAGGGUGUCGGCGAGCUGUUACUCGACUUCCCUGAACACCUGCCCGCCGCCACCAGAUAUCUGGAGUCGUACGUGGGUGUGCAGGCGGACCGCGAUCUCGGGCGGGAGAUUCGUGGCCAUCCCAUUCACGUGUUUCUGGCGCUAAAAAGACUGGUGCUCUUCUGGCCUCGCAUCGCCCCCAUGCUUGUCGUCUACACCAAGCUCGAGGAAGGGAGCUGCCAAGACCGAGACACUGGGUGCGAGGGGUGGGCUCUGGCGGGCAACUGCCUUCACUACCACGACUACAUGAUAGAGCACUGCACCAGGGCCUGCCGCGCGUGCCUCUCCCCAGGACUGAAGGAGCAGGUCAUGUGGGUGAUGACCACGGCCAGCAACAUUCCCAUGCCCUCUAUGCACGACCUUCGAGGAGCUGCUUUGGCCCUGUCCCGCCUCCAGAACUAUUACCGCAUCCCCGUCGGCAACUUCAUGACGGGCAGGAUAGAGGACGCUCAUUGCACCCCAAGACUGACGGUGGAUGAUUGCAUCCUAGUGGCGGACGUGACUCACGCCCACGGGAAAUACAGCGAGGCUUAUAUAUGGUACGACUAUUGCCAAGCCUCGGCCUACAUUGAUCCACGACUGCAGGCGGAGAUCAAAGCCCGUAAGGAAACUGUGGAGGCAGAGCACGACUUGAAAUUCAACGCCGGCAACCUUAACUUUUUCCCCAACCCUCUCCGGGAGACGAAGAACCAGCUGCCCUGGGACACGCCUUUCUCCCAGCUGUGCCGCGGCGUCCACUAUCGGGAGGACAAGGACCAGUCGGGGCUUCAGUGUUACGUGGACAACCGCAACUCGCCGUACCUGACGCUGCAGCCUGUGCGCUACGAGCAGCUCCACAUCAACCCCGAGAUGUACCUGUUCCACGACGUGAUAUCUGACGCAGAGAUCGCCGUCGUGAAGGACCUCGCCAUGAAGACGUUGCAACGGUCAGUCACGCUCAGCCCCACAAACCACAACGUGACGGAGCAGCGAGUGUCCCACACUGCAUGGCUCCAAAACUCCUCUCACGCGGUGCUGACGAGACUGGCACACAGGAUCGCCGACGUCACGCAGCUUGAGGCCCAUGAGGAGCAACUGAGCACCCGAUCAGCGGAGGAACUGCAGGUUUUAAACUACGGGAUCGGAGGACUGUACAACGCUCAUAACGACGUUUUGUACAAAUCUCAUCCUGAAGAUGAGUGGUCCCGAGUUCCUGUAUAUCUUAGCGAGCGCGAGGCUGGAGACCGCAUAGCAACUUGGAUGUUUUACCUGAGUGACGUCAUCGCGGGUGGAAGAACUGCGUUUCCCGAGGCCAACAUUGCUGUGACCCCGGAGAAGGGCGCCGCGGUCCUAUGGUACAAUCUUAAGAAGAAUGGGCGUUUCAACUCAAAGGCACUGCACGGCGGCUGUCCGGUGCUACUAGGACAAAAAUGGGUGGCCAACCGGUGGAUCCGAGAGAAUGCAAACUUCCGGAGGCGUCCGUGCAGUACCAACCCGAGGGAGUGAACCCACCACUUCCCUUCGUCACGCCACUAAUGGAGAUCGCUUUAACAUGUGAUGCGUAACCAAAGGAGGAGAGGGAAUGCAAAGAACGUGAAAAUAAAUAUAUGUUUCGGUA